CGUAACAUGGGUGUUGUACGUCGACUUGGUAUUAAGCAUAUGCUCCUGUUCUUCGCAUUCUUUGUACUAAGCCAACUUCUUCUAGCCAUUUUACCCUCAAACCCGAUUGGAAAUCCGAUAGGCGAUCUCAGGGAGUUUCCAGUUCUGAAUGACCAAGUGGUGUAUCCUAGAACCGACCACGACCGGAAGGUCUUGGAAAUAGGACAAGGAAUGCUGCAAGAUUUCAAAGAAACGAGGGACACCAACACAAAUCCAAGGGUUCAGUACCAGAAAGCAAGUGAUGUUGAUCAAGGAAACGUUCGUGUGCUCAAAGAUAAAGCAACGGAUCCAUUGGCAGUAUUGCCCAAGCGGAGUGGACCCGACAGGACUAAAAUGCAAGAUGUGGGGCCAAAGAAAGUUAAUGUUAAGGAUAGGUCAAAAGUCAAGUACAUUCUGCCGGUGCUGCUUGGCAACCAAGGAACAAACAAUCAACUCCAAGCUGUCAAACUGGUUUCCAUCAUUGCGCAAAGGCGGAAUCUAACGCUCGUCCUUGCUCCGUUUUUCGACCACGGACCGACAUUGGAAAAACAGCUUCCUCACACGUUUGAAGAAACCCUCGAUCCCGACGCCCUGUCCGAAUUCGUGCCCGUGGCAACCAUGGAAGAAUUCGAACGCCAGUGCAAUCGGAAAGCGGACGUCGUGUUUCUUGGCACCAAUAUGGUGAUAAAUCAGAGCCAAUCUCAAACCGAUCAAGUAAAUCAACACGUCGGUGAUACCAUUGAGAUAUAUUACAACUGGACUAGAAUCAAGAUACCUUCAACCUUCCUGCACACGAAUCAUUCCGAUGAGGUCAUCCAGAUUGCUGCUGAUCUACCAUACUAUGUAGCCGUCGAUGAUUUUCUCGAUCGGUACCCAGACGCUCUGACAACGACACAUAAAUGCAAUGCUUUCCUGUACCCGUAUGGGUAUCUAGGUCGACUGGUAUACUUUGACCAUAUAAGUCGAUACACCAAGUACUUCGUUAGGGGAAAAGAAGUCCGAGCUAUUGCGCAAAACUUUGUAAAAACUGCUCUGCAGAACAAUAGCUAUGUCUGCAUACAUUGGCGAUUCAAUGAAGAGUGGAAAAAUGGAUGGUGCAAAAAGGACUAUGCGGCGGACCUUUGUAACUCAUUAGACGCUCUUACACCGUCCAAACUGGCGAUGGCCAUAUCGAAGUUUAUGGCGGAGAAUGGUUUAAAAGGUGCAUAUUUUGCAUCAGAACUUGAUAAUGCGGAUGACUUAAUCCAAGGUCUUCGUACUGGAGUUGUAAACUGUUUUAUGACGGGUGAUCUCAUCGACGGAUCUCCAAAACUAUCACGUCAUAACAACUACCUGACGUCAUUAGUAGAACAGGAGAUCUGUAAAGAAUCCACAUUUUUCCUGUCAAGCCGUCUCUCAUCGUGGUCUGAUAUGGUAAAACAAGAUCGAUUCGACCAAAAAUGGCGAGAGGUGAAUGCACUAUUCUAACAGCAGAAAGGUCAACUAAGAAUCUUUAUGAUGUAUCGACAUAUCUGCUUCGGAUAGAUAGUCACACAGUCCUGUGGAGCCUUAUAACCAUAAUAACUGUGAAUUGCCGCAAAAGUGUAAAUGCCCAUUCAUUUGCGUCAAUGGAAAUCACUUCUGAUACGAAGUAGAUUGGACUUUAGAACUUCUUUUCCACCUCACUAAUUCCUCUAACGCCACGUAUCUAGGACUGAAUACAAUUUGUUUAUGUCGAAGACAAUAUGAAAUCUAUUUUAUGCAAGUUUAUUUGCAAGCAAGACUGAGCAUGUAAGAGGAAAAGUUCCGUCGGUGCUCCAGCCAAGUGAUUUCGUUCUCAAUAUGUAAUCGAUUGAGUAUACCCCCUUUUUUUAGCUAUGGUAAAGACUAAAACGUAUUUUUUCCCCUGGAUGAAUGACCAAUUUACUGUGAAGAAUCAGAUACUAUUAAUUAGACACAUGUCAUGUUUCAAAAUCUGGUGAAGCUGGAAUUUGUUUACUAAUAACGUUAAUUCGUUCGAUUAUGACAGUGGUACAAGUAGGGUUCACUGGAAAUGUGAUGAUUCACCCCACCCCCCCCCCUUCGCACGAUUUUCAGUCUCUCUGACUUUUCAUUAUCCACGUUAACUUUACUUUUCUUUUUGUGCCGUGUUGUCUUGAGGACUUGCGGGAAAAACAAAAUGUUUGAUUUUUACGAAACUGUUAUGUCGUUUUGAAUGGAACUGAUAUUCGCAGAGAUCUCUUGAUGUGAUGGUUACGAUGGUGAUUGUUUUAUUCUAUUUUAUUUUCUUUCUUUCUUUCUUUAUUUAUAUAUUUAUUUAUUUAUUAAUUAAUUUAUUAAUUUAUCUAUUCAUUCAUUUAUUUAUCUAUUUUUACCUGAUUAAUAUUGAGGUGCCAUACUUGACUGUGUGUUUU